GCCGUGCCUCGUCUUCUUAUAUGCACGCCCAUGACCUACUAGGUGCCUCUCUCUCCUUCUGUCUUUCUCGUAUGCAUAGAUACCCCAGUAACCCCACCCCGUCUUUUAUGCCCUCACUUCCCCACGCGCUCCCGUUUGCCACGCUUGACAUCUCAUUUCUCGUCCACUCGCUUGCCCCGACGAAAGUCUGAUUUGGCCUGAAUCGCCCGCCAAAGGUCAAGAUCACCAAGCCCAAUCUCUUCUUCCUCCCAUCACACUAUUUUCAGAUAUACACUCUACCUUUGUUCUGCCCUGCUCUCAAUCCCUAUCCAACAAUGGCUACGGCCACUUGCACCACCACCAUGACCGACUCUCACGAAGAGCCCGCCCUUGGCUCAACCUCAAGCGCUCGUCCUCGUCUACAAGUCAGAGACGGUCUUAAAAAGCGCCGCCACUCUUCUUACGAGCCUCAGUCCUGGUCCGCAGACAACGACGACGUCCAACUCCUGGUCGAUCGCUUCCUCAAAGAGCUUGGUCGUCGUCUGGAGUUCUUAGACUCGUACGGGAGUCUCAAAUUCGACACUGGCAUUGAUCGCGCAUACACCACUCUCCACGCCGUCCAUGAAUCUUGCAGUUACGUAUCAGACGAGGUCAUCGACGCAGGCAGACGGCGGGCAAAGAUCAUGGUCGAUCUUCUGGACGACCGAUAUCGGGGUGCUCUGGCAAAGAAAGAGACAUUGGAACACAAGGUCCGCGAAGGUGUUCGCUUGAUGGAAAAGACUCUGGUCGAUUUCGAGACUCGCGCUUACGCCAUUCGUGAUGCUGGUCUUGGAGCCGUCGCAUCGGAUCUCAUGGAUUCUGGAAGGAGGAAGAUGGAUGAGGGGAUGCACAUGGCUACCGAGCUAGUUGACGAGGGUAUCGAUGCGGCCCGCCGCGCAAAGGAGGCUGUAAAGACCAAGAUCGACGAAGCCGUUAAACGCGCAAAGGAGCAAGGUCUUAUUACCUACCACGACUUACCGGAUCCGUGGAGGAUCAACCCACACAUUACUCGCGGCUAUCGUUUCUGCGAGACCAAGGUCGACUGCUUGCGUUCGUGGUUCUCUCUCUCCAACGAGACGGUCAACAUUUAUUCCCACUUCCUCGGUCUGCUAAUUGUUCUUUCCAUCGCCUUCUACUUUUACCCGACCUCGGUCCAUUUCUCCAUGUCGACAAAGUCCGACAUCUUUAUCGCUGCUGUAUUCUUCUUCGCAGCAUCAAAGUGCCUGGUUUGCAGUACCGUCUGGCACACCAUGAACUCCAUCUCGAACCAGACUCUCAUGGAGCGAUUUGCUUGCAUCGACUACACUGGCAUUUCUCUAUUGGUUGCCGCAUCCAUCAUGACUACUGAAUACACGGCUUUCUACUGUGAGCCCAUCAGUCGCUGGAUUUACAUGUCUCUGACUGCUGCUCUGGGUGUCGGAGGCGUCAUCCUCCCUUGGCACCCAACCUUCAACCGUAACGAUCUCGCGUGGGCCCGCGUUGCCUUUUAUGUGACUCUUGCUGGUACUGGCGCUCUACCUGUCACUCAGCUAAUCUACACCCGUGGCGCAAGUUGGGCAGCGUACUUCUACGCACCGAUUUUCAAGAGCUUGUUCGUCUACUUCACCGGCGCAUUGCUCUACGCUGCCAAAGUUCCUGAGAGAUUUGCUCCAGGUUUCUUCGACUACUUUGGUGGAAGCCACAACAUUUGGCAUUUCGCUGUACUUGGUGGCAUCUUGUUUCACUACAGUGCCAUGCAGAGCUUCUUCGGAGAUGCUUUCCGUCGUGCGGAGAGCCACUGCACUGUUUAUUAGAGACAGUCUUUUUGUCAAUCGUUUUUGUAUUCGCUUCUCUUCUCGAGGGCUCUUGCGCAAGUGUUGACAAGAUGUCCCUGUUUGUGCGUUUAUUUUCUUCUGACCCUUUAUUUUCUAAACUUCUUCACCUUCGCUUCUAACCAUUUUGUACAAACUAUCGUUGAACUUAUUGUAAAUACGAAGAGAAAUGAAACAAGACCAUAUACGAUGACUACUGGCC